AUGCAAUAUCUAGAGGAUAUCAUAGAAUUGGUCGAAGAUCUACCAGAAGAGAUUGGCAGGAGGUUUGAACAGAUGAGAAAGUGGGAUAAUGAUGUAGAAAGACUUCGACUAGAAUGUAAAUAUGCUGCUAAACGAAUUAUGGAGGUUAGGGAGACAUCCCAACCAAUGAGAGAACGAAUACUGAUGGAACUUGCCGAUAAGUACCGUCUAAUACACCGGUUGAGUGAACGAAAGCUUGAUCUGGCUAUCAGGAGUGAGCGGUUGAUGAGCGCAGUGCUUGAAAAGGUUGCUGAUUCAUCGUACUUAUGUAAGAUAGAGUUGGAAGUUGAUAACCCAGGAUGUACAGAAGCCAUAGAGAGAAACUUCUGCCGUAUGCUCGGAUUGAAGCCGACUUCAUCCCACCUAACUUCGUGUAAUGUUGAAUUUGAACCUAUGGACGACGCAAAGUCGACUUUUGGUCCAGAACAAGGUGUUAAUGGGGAUCUUGCUUCCGCUUUUGAUCUCAAGGACUCUGGGGUAUCAGGUUUAAACGGUAAAUUAGAAGCUAGGGAACGAUAUGGAAGCUCUUCGCCGCGAAUGCCUCGUUGUGACAGUCCUCAGACUGCUUCAACUUCCGUGUCGAGGUUGAAGAAGAGGAAGUACAAUUCUGGCACUCCGCCUCCAGCUGUCUCCAACUACACUCGUAGAAAACAGGAAAGGGAGCGGGAGCGGAUGAAACUUAACAAAAUACAUGCUGCCCGGCACGAAGAAAGUCGACGCAAACAGCAGAAAAUGUCAACGGCGUCGUCGGAGACAGAUUUGGCUUCAUUUUCUGGAGCUACAAACGAUAAUAGUCUUGGUGGUCUUGAAGAUGUUGCAUUGUCCGAUGAUGUCAAGUGGAAUGACCAAGAUCCACUUGGGUCGGAUGACGACUUCGAUGCAAGUGAUGUGUUGGGCUUAUUCCCGACGUUACCAUCACCUCCGAGAGAAAUAAUGGAAUCCUUGAAGGAGGAUUCACUGUUCCCUGAUGAUGACUUUGUGGGUUAUGAAUCCCAUCCAACGACAUUUCCUCAAUCGCCAGCUAUGCAAGGCCUCCUACUAGAUUCUGCGGCUUCGUCACCCUCUCCAUCAACAAGUGCUUCUUCUUGGGAUCGAAAAAAGAGGACUAGCAUCUCGUUUGGAAACGUGAAUGAAACCACAAGCUUACACGGACGUCCAAGGAAGAUGACCGAGCGAGCUGUGGAGCUUUUGCAAAAUCAUAAGGAUCGAGAAAAAUUCAAACGAGGCGGAUUCAAAUCGGAGUCCGUUGAUGGGGAUGGCAAUGAGCGAUGGUGCUUCUGUCGAGAGGUGUCAAGCGGAAGUAUGAUAUGCUGUGAUGAUCCAGAGGUACGAUAUUUUGUUAUUUAUGAUUCACUUUUGGAUUUUAUCAUGGGUGAUUUAAUACAUUCAACAGAUUACUUGUUGAACGGAGACCGCCCGCCGCAGCUUCACCGAGAUUCGACAUCACUGACUAUGGAAUUAUUACCAGAUCAAGCUGAAAAACUUCGACAAUUUCAGGAGGUAACAAAUGUAGCAGAACGUGACUUGGCCGCUGCACGGCUUGAAUCUGUAGGUUGGAAUCUGGAGCAAGCAAUUGAAUCGUAUCUUUGUGGAGAUGGAAUUAUAGCAGAUGACGUGGAAGUACUACCACCACCAGCUAAAAAUCAUCGAAGGGAACUUCCAGCCAAAAUUAAUGCGAAACGUAAAAGAGGUCGACCUCGAAAGAAGUCAGUUAAAGAAACUAAGUUGGAUUUCGAAGAAGUGAAAGAAGACACAGAUGGUCUGGAAGGAUUGGAGGUACACAACAAUCGUAGGAAUCGGCAGACCAGACGCCGUUCGCUUCGCGAAGUUGAUGGAGAUGACAUGAAUGUCAUUGAUAUGGACUUGUCACGUCCAUCGUCAUCAGUCGUCUCAUCGCAUCGUCCUCGCAAUGGAUACCCAGUACAUGAAGAGUUUGUAAUUUCGGACGACGACGAGCCUUACCCAAUCCACGAUCCAGACGAUCUCGAGUGUAGUGAGCGGAACUCCAUUACUCGUAACAAUUUGCCGUUAAUACCAACUGAAUGCGCCAGCGUAACAGAAGCGCUUCAGAACUUUGUGGUAGUAUUUGAAUCCAGAUUUUCCGGUAUUGGAUGCCAUAUCCCGUCUUUCUUCACUGGAUCACUGCAUGAGGCUAUCAAAGAGGCUUUUGAAUCGCCCGGGGGCAUAUCGGAACGUCGUCCUCUUGCUUUAUAUGUUCACCAUGAUGGUAGCAUUGCUGCCAACAUUUUUCCAACAAAGGUCUUAUGUAGUGAUGCCGUGUCUAACUUAUUGAGAUGUCAGUAUAUUCUCUGGCCUUGGGAUGUAACUCAUAAAGAAAAUGAGGUAAAACUUCGAGAAUGGCUUGAAAUGGUAGGAAUGCCCGAAGUUCGUCGCACGCUAGAGUCAAUGGUUUAUGAUAAAGAGAAAUUCCCCCUACUUAUUAUAAUCACAAAGGAUCGCGGCUCAUAUAAUGUCAAUGAUAUUUGUUCUGGUAUGGACAGUGCAGACAUUGUGAUGGAAAAGCUAAUGGCGGGUAUAGAUACAUAUUCAAUUAUAAGGAAUACCGAAAAGGCCGAGGAAGCAGCUCGACUGGAGAGAGAAAGAAUCCGACAAGAACAAGCUCAUGAACGUCAACUACUAGCCAGCCAGCUACCUGAUGAACCAGCUGAAGGUGAUCGAAAUGCAAUCAUGGUAAAAUUCCGCUUGCCUGGGAGUGAGCAGGUUAUGCGUCGUUUCCGUCUUACUGAAAAAUUGUCAGUACUGAUAAAGUUCCUUGGAGCCAAGGGAUACUCGGCCAAAGAUUAUCGUUUCUUCAAUUCAGAUUUCCCAAAGAAAGAUGUGACUACAUUGGAUGAAUCGAAAACGUUUAUGGAAUUGAAAUGGCCAGUACGUGAACAAAUAUUCGUCGAAGAACGCUGA